GCUCUGGCAACGUAACGUAGUAAGACUAAUCCCUGAGUAUGAAAUGUUUUCAACUUUUACAUUAGCUUAUUAAAUUUAGGUACUAUAAAGCAGUAGUCCAAGAUCUAAACCAUAAAAUUUAUGAAUUUCUUUUACACAUCUCUGUAGUAUUUCUUGCACAAUUGUGUUAUUCCCAGAAUGGCUGCUCCCGGUGCUCCCUCUCCAGCUAUUUCGACGACCGGCGAUAAGAAACCAGCAAUCGCUCCUGUUGAUUUUUCAGCAGUGAAGAAGGCCAAUCUACCCGUCGUUGUGAUCAUCGGUGGCCCAGGCUGUGGUAAAGGCACACAGUGUGUAAAAAUCAAAGAAAAAUAUCAUUUCGCCCAUUUAUCAACUGGUGACCUUUUACGCGAUGAGGCCAAAACGGGCACUGCUCGUGGGAAACAACUAAGUGAAAAGAUGGCCAAAGGAGAACUUGUUCCUGUGGAAGUGGUAAUGGAACUAUUGAAAGAAUUUAUGGCUAAAGCCAUCACGGAUAAAAAUAUUCAAGGAUUUUUACUCGAUGGGUUCCCAAGAGAAGCGCCACAAGCGGAAGCCUUAACAAAAGAGCUGGGAUUGCCAAAAGCCGCUAUUUACUUCGAAUGCCCGGAUGAUGUUAUGGCUAAACGCCUUGCUGAUCGCGGCAAAACAAGUGGACGGAGCGACGAUAAUCCGGAUACCAUCAAAAAGCGUUUGGAUGUUUUCAAAAAGCAAACACUUCCGGUGGUAGAAUUUUACAAGGGCAAAAAUCUUCUUCGUGUGGUAAAUGGCAACCGGGAAGUGGAAGCGAUUUUUGCGGAUGUAGUUAAAAUCAUGGAUCCACUUAAAACAGCAAAAUAAGCAACUAGUCAGCUUGUGAUUUUUAUCUCUUUCUAAUUCUUAGAUUCUUAAUCAAUUUUUUCCGAUUUUAUGAACCUAUCUGACAAAAACGUGGGCAUUUUUCCAUCCUUCUCUUCUUUUACAAACAAAUCACCCGUUUACAACGCACAAUUCUGUUUUCUACUUUUGCUUUUCUAAACUGUUAAGAAUGCACUACAGUACUUAUCUUCAAGCAUUAAUUCUCAAUGCUUUUUUUUAUUGCCAAAUUCUAAACCCAACUAACUUUUCAUACAGAGUAAAACCGCAAAACUGA